AUGGCCCCUCCAAGGUUCAUGGGCCUCUCAGGCCGGCCCCUCUCACUAAUGGUCUCGACUGUAGCGACAACAGGCUUCCUCCUCUUCGGAUACGAUCAAGGAGUCAUGAGCGGCAUCAUCACCGCCCCGGCCUUCAACAACAUGUUUCAGGAAACAAAAGACAACUCGACGAUGCAGGGGUUUGUAACCGCCGUCUACGAGCUGGGAUGUCUAGCGGGGGCUAUGCUCAUUCUCGGCAUUGGCGAUCUUCUCGGGCGACGGAGGGCCAUCAUUCUGGGAGCCAUCAUCAUGCUCCUCGGCGUCAUUAUCCAGAUCACGGCUAUGCACUGGGCGACGCCCUUGGCUCAGUUGAUCGUGGGAAGAGUCGUCAUGGGGGUCGGAAACGGUAUCAACACUUCGACCAUCCCUACUUAUCAAGCCGAAUGCAGCAAAACGUCGAACCGAGGCCUUCUCAUCUGCAUAGAAGGGGGCGUCAUUGCAUUCGGAACCCUGAUUGCGUAUUGGAUCGACUACGGCGCAUCUUAUGGCCCGGAUGACCUUGUCUGGCGCUUCCCCAUCGCGUUUCAAGUCGUCUUUGCCAUCUUUAUCGUCGUUCCGAUGAUCUUCCUCCCCGAAUCCCCAAGAUGGCUGUUGAGCCACCAACGUGUCGAGGAUGCCGACAGAGUCAUCUCGGCGCUCCGAGGCUAUGAAAUAGACAGUGAAGAGACCGCCCUUGAGCGCAACGUCAUCAUGGACUCCCUCCGCGCCGCCGGCGGCUACGGCCAGAAGAGCACCCCUAUCAAGGCCCUGUUCACUGGGGGCAAGACGCAGCACCUCCGACGCAUGCUGCUGGGCUCUUCUUCGCAAUUGAUGCAGCAAAUAGGGGGGUGCAACAGCGUCAUUUACUUCUUUCCGCUUUUGUUCGAGCAGUCCAUCGGGGAGGAUCACAACAUGAGUAUGCUCCUCGGUGGCGUCAACAUGAUCGUCUACUCGAUCUUUGCUACCACCUCCUGGUUCGUUAUUGAACGGGUUGGCAGGCGGAAGCUCUUCCUGAUCGGGUCUGUCGGGCAAUGCUUGAGUAUGGUGAUAACGUUUUCCUGCCUCAUCCCUGGAACGGCAUCGGCGGCCCGGGGUGCUGCAGUUGGACUGUUUACCUACAUCGCCUUCUUCGGUGCGACCUGGCUCCCCCUGCCGUGGCUGUAUCCUGCCGAGGUCAACCCGGUCAAGACAAGAGGCAAAGCCAAUGCUACCAGCACCUGCGUGAACUGGAUGUUCAACUUCCUUGUCGUCAUGGUCACGCCGAUCAUGGUGCACAACAUUGGCUGGGGAACCUACCUCUUCUUUGCCGCCGUCAACGCGUGCUUCAUCCCCAUCAUCUGGUUCUUCUACCCGGAGACGGCCCGCCGCUCGCUCGAGGAGAUUGAUAUCAUCUUUGCCAAGGGCCACGUUGAGAAAAUCUCGUACGUCAAGGCCGCCGAGGAGCUGCCGCAUCUCCAGCCCGCAGAGAUCGAGGAGUACGCCAGGCGAUAUGGGCUCGUCGACACGGUGUCUCGGAUUGGCGGCGGCCGCCAGGCACGGGAUGAAGAGGAGAAGGCCACGACGUCUGAACGGUCCAACAGCGAUGUGGUCGUCAAUGAACACGGGAUUGAGGCCGAUCUGGGGAGUGGGUUGAAGAUGUCUGAGCGCGCUGAUCGGGAUUAA